CUAGUACAGUCACUUGCUGACCACGUACCAGUAAAAUCCUCUCCAACAAGUAAACGCAAAACCCCACUUUCCACUUUCAUCCUUUCGGAAGAAGCAACUAGUACAACCCACGGCAAGUAGCUUUCAUCCUUCAGCAAGCUUUUUCUUUGCAAGAAGCUGUAGAAAAGUUGUAGCAUACUCAAUUUAUCAAACGCGUCGCCAGGAAAAAACCCACGUUGUCCCAACUUGUAGAAGCCCACGGACGAAGUUCCAAGCAUGAACAGCGAAUCAGGGACCAGGCCUGUAAUGUGCGACACAAACACGGGCUGCAUGAUGUGGUCGCCGGAUGGGGAAGAGAAAUGGUAUUUUUACUAUCUAUUGGAUAUUGCAUGAGUCAAGGCGCGUGUAUGUUGUGCUGCGCGUCGAACAAAGCGAAAAAAAUACACAAGUUGCGCUACGCCUACUCUAAGUUGUGCUACGCCUACUUUUUCCUGGGUGACUGGGAUUGCGUUUGCGUUUGCAAAUUCAUUUCUAUCCUUCUUUCUGUAUCUGUUUUGCAAAACUUUCCAGGUGUCCCAAAACCUCGGCUGUUCUGGGCGAGCAGGGCCACGUCUUCCUCCCCACUGACGGACGAGCGCAGCAUCAGGGGAAGAUGAUGCAGCAGGCCAUGACCGCGUUUAACAACCGGGAACAAGCUACUCGCACUGCUGCAACACGCGGUACUUCCGGCAUGUCCUUCUCCAACACCUCCGACGACCAGAAAACCGAGGCUCCCCAAUCCGGGCACGAAACCGUCAACACGCGCUUUUCUGGGACGAGCAGCAAGCCGUGUCGAAGCGAAAAGGCAAAGCUGGCGAAUAAAGAAGGCAUUUUGUUUCGCCCCCGCCCCCCCGCGGACCCGCAGGUGAGUGAUGUCUUGGAGCGGGAGAAGGGGCAAAACUGGGGCUUUUUCGUCACCAACGGGGGAAAUUCAUCAUCCGGGAGUGAGAAGGACAGUGAGUUGCGCAGCUUCUACAACAACCGGAACAGUGUCGGAGGUAGCCGCGGGAGUACCAGAAAAGGGACCACUGGAAAGAAUUCGAAGCAGCAGGGUAACAAAAACGGCAAGCCGGGUUACAACAAAAUGAUGGACAAGACGAGCACCAGAUCUAGCAGCAGCACUGGGACCCUCUUCUUACACCGGGUGUUGAAGAUGCGUGUUUCCACCUUCCGCGGAGGUGGUCUGUUACGCCUUGUCUCUCUGCUGCUUGCAGUUCCCCCCGCGCCCACGACCCUUGGGGUGAAAAUUCUCAACCGGAACCUCGGAGCGAGUACCAGAAGUUCAUCCGAGAACAAGUACAAUUCCCAUGGACCUUACGAGCCAGGACAACAAAGCUGGGAGUCGUCCGACGGUGAUGCAAUUAAUUCCGUCCCGAAAGUAGAAUCGGCCAUUUGGCAUGAUGACGAGGGGCACCAGGUCGAAGCGACGUUGACCACUUCUGCUGCACGAAAGGAAUCAGAAUCGGAAGAUCUCGAACCGGGAUGGUUCACCUCGAUUCCGAGCCAAAUUGCCGGAUUUGGUUCUGGUUUGGCGGAGCAGCUGGGAAGCUUUCUGCAAGCGGGCAGUGACGCUGUUGUUAACGGUUUGUUUCCAAGCAGUGAUUCUCAUCCUACCGACGGAGGUGGAAGUGGUGGGGGCGCUUCUUUUCUCGCGGAAGAAAACAGUGCAAGGAAUCAUGCGCAAUCUGACCCUCCUCGGAUGUCUACCGUGACUUCUACCACUGUCACAACGCUCUCUCCGUCUACGGAUGAACUAGAAUUGCCUGCCCCGCAAGAUUUGGAAACCUCCGACGGGGAUUGCGAAGGCGAAGGCCGCUGCGCGAAGAAGUCCGAGACGUCACAAGAAGAUGCUAGCUCUUUUGCCGACUAA